CCAUGCGGGCCGGGGGCUGCGCCGCGCUCUGGCUGCUGCUGCUCGCGCAGCAGGCACCUGCGAGCGCCCUGGGACCCGCCGCGGCAGCGCCUGGGAGCCGGAGCGGACCUGACCCUCGCCCUCCCGCGGAGGGGCCGGGCUGGGUGGACCACGGCGAAUACGACCUCGUGUCCGCCUACGAGGUUGACCGCCACGGGGGCUACGUGUCCCACCAGGUCGCGCACCACCAGCGGAGGAGAAGGGCGCUGGCGGCGCCCGGAGCCGAGUCUCUCCACCUCCGGCUGCGGGGAACCGGGCGCGACUUCCACCUGGACCUGAGGGCGUCCAGCAGCCUGGUGGCCCCCGGCUUUCUCGUGCAGACGCUGGGGAAGGGCGGCACCACGACGGUGCAGGCGUUUCGGCCGGAGGACUUCUGCUUCUAUCAGGGCUCCCUGCGGUCGCACAGAAACUCCUCGGUGGCGCUCUCCACCUGCAGAGGCCUGUCAGGCAUGAUAAGAACACCGGAAGCAGAUUACUUCUUGAAGCCACUUCCUUCACACCUUGCAGGGGAACUCAGCAGCUCUGGCCGGGCCGGCCCGCACCCCCACAUCCUGUACAAGAGAUCCGCGGAACCCCGGUCUCCCAGGGGGAACGAGGUCGUGGUGACCGAGAGGAGGUGGGAGCUGGGAGGUCGCUACGGCUUCCCCCACGGAGAGCAGCACCCUCACGGCGGCUUCACCCUCAGACACAGGCGAAAGCAGCAUUUCUGCGGAAGACGCAAGAAAUACAUGCCCCAGCCUCCCAGCGAAGACAUUUUCAUCUUGCCUGAUGAGUAUAAGUCUUCCUUACGGCAUAAGCGCUCUCUUCUGAAAUCCCACAAAAACAAAGAACUGAAUGUGGAGACGUUGGUGGUAGUUGACAAAAAGAUGAUGCAAAACCAUGGCCAUGAAAACAUCACCACUUAUGUCCUCACGAUACUCAAUAUGGUGUCUGCUCUGUUCAAAGAUGGAACAAUCGGAGGAAACAUCAACAUUGCCAUUGUCGGGCUGAUUCUUCUAGAAGAAGAGCAGCCGGGGCUCGUGAUCAGUCACCACGCAGACCACACCCUAAGUAGCUUCUGCCAGUGGCAGUCGGGACUGAUGGGCAAGGACGGAACUCGCCACGACCACGCCAUCUUGCUCACCGGUCUGGAUAUAUGCUCCUGGAAGGAUGAGCCCUGUGAUACCCUGGGAUUUGCGCCCAUAAGUGGAAUGUGCAGUAAAUACCGCAGCUGCACCAUCAAUGAGGACACAGGCCUCGGGCUGGCCUUCACCAUCGCCCACGAGUCUGGACAUAACUUUGGCAUGGUCCAUGAUGGAGAAGGAAACAUGUGCAAGAAGUCUGAGGGCAACAUAAUGUCUCCCACCCUGGCUGGACGCAAUGGGGUCUUCUCCUGGUCACCCUGCAGUCGCCAGUACCUGCACAAAUUCUUAAGCACUGCUCAAGCUAUAUGCCUUGCUGAUCAGCCAAAGCCCAUGAAGGAAUACAAGUAUCCUGAGAAGUUACCGGGAGAGUUAUAUGAUGCUAAUAUGCAGUGCAAGUGGCAAUUUGGAGAAAAAGCCAAGCUCUGCAUGCUGGACUUUAAAAAGGACAUCUGUAAAGCAUUGUGGUGCCAUCGAAUUGGAAGGAAAUGUGAGACUAAAUUUAUGCCAGCAGCAGAAGGCACUGCUUGUGGGCAUGACAUGUGGUGCCGCGGAGGGCAGUGUGUGAAAUAUGGGGACGAAGGCCCCAGGCCCACGCACGGCCAUUGGUCAGCCUGGUCUCCCUGGUCACCUUGCUCCAGGACCUGUGGAGGAGGAGUCUCUCACAGAGAUCGUCUCUGCACAAAUCCCAAACCGUCCCACGGAGGAAAGUUUUGUGAGGGUUCUACUCGCACUUUGAAGCUUUGCAACGGUCAGGAAUGUCCUGAGAAUAGUCUUGACUUUCGAUCCCUCCAGUGUGCAGAGUACAACAGUAAGCGGUUUAGAGGGCAGCACUACAAGUGGAAGCCUUACACACAGGUAGAAGAUCAGGACUUAUGCAAACUCUACUGUAUCGCAGAAGGAUUUGAUUUCUUCUUUUCUUUGUCAAAUAAAGUCAAAGAUGGGACUCCAUGCUCGGAGGAUAGCCGUAAUGUUUGUAUAGAUGGGAUAUGUGAGAGGGUUGGAUGUGACAACAUCCUUGGAUCAGAUGCUGUCGAGGACUCCUGUGGUGUCUGCAAAGGAAAUAAUUCAGACUGUACAGUUCACAGGGGGCUCUACACCAAGCAGCACCGUACAAACCAGUAUUAUCAAGUGGUCACCAUUCCUCCCGGAGCUCGAAGUAUUCGCAUCUAUGAAAUGAACGUAUCUGCCUCCUACAUUUCUGUGCGCAAUUCCCUCAAAAGAUACUACCUGAACGGGCACUGGACAGUGGACUGGCCGGGCAGGCUCAAGUUUUCUGGCACUGCCUUUGAUUACAAGCGAUCCUACAAUCGGCCGGAGAGUUUGACAUCCGCGGGGCCCACCAACGAGACGCUGAUUGUGGAGCUUCUGUCUCAGGGAAGGAACCCAGGCAUUGCCUGGCAGUUCUCGGUGCCUCGGUCGGGGGCUGAGAAGAGGCCGAGUCCCCAGCCCAGCUACUCAUGGGCCAUCGUCCGGUCCGAGUGCUCUGUGUCCUGCGGAGGGGGACAGAUGACCACAAGGGAGGGCUGCUUCAGAGACCUGAGGUUUCAAGUGAACACAUCAUUCUGCAAUCCCAAGACGCGGCCUGUUCCAGGGGUGGUGACCUGCCAGCUCUCCGCCUGCCCUCCCAGCUGGUCCGUGGGGAGCUGGAGCACCUGCAGCAGGACGUGCGGCGGGGGAGCGCAGAGCCGGCAGGUCCAGUGUGUGCAGCGGGCCCACUUCCGAUCCGAGGUGGUCUCGGGCAGCCUGUGCCCACAGCCCAUGCCCACCAGUCACCAGGCCUGUGGUGCUCCGAGCUGUCCGCCUGCCUGGAGCGCCGGGCCCUGGGCAGAGUGCUCACGAACCUGCGGGAAAGGAUGGAGGAAGCGGUCGGUGGCCUGCAAGGACACCCACCCCUCUGCAGGGGCCCAGGUGCUCCCCGAUGCCCUCUGCACCUCGGAGCCGAAGCCCGAGACGCAGGACGCCUGUGUGCUCCGGCGCUGCUACAAGGCCAGGAAGCUGCUGUGGCUUGUGUCUGCCUGGUCCGAGUGCUCUGUUACAUGUGAAAGAGGAAUACAGAAGAGAAUCUUAAGAUGUGUGGAGAAGUAUGUUUCUGGGAAGUACAGAGAGCUGGCCCCCAAGAAGUGCUUGCAUUUGCCAAGGCCCGGCCUGGAGCUGGGCCGCACCUGCAUCCUGGCCGCGUGUCCCAGGCCCCCGCUGCGUGCCACGGGGUACCCGUCGCGCAGCCGCUGGUUUGCCUCGCCCUGGUCCCAGUGCUCGGCCAGCUGCGGGGGUGGCGUGCAGACACGGGCCGUGCAGUGCCUGGCGGGGGGCUGGCCGGCCUCCAGCUGCCCCCCAAUCCAGAAGCCUGCAGCCUCCAUGGCCUGCAACACUCACUUCUGCCCCAUUGCAGAGAAGAAGGACGCCUCCUGCAAGGACCACUUCAGCUGGUGCUCCCUGGUGCCCCAGCAGGGGACGUGCAGCCACGGGUUCUACGGCCGCCGGUGCUGCCGCUCGUGCUCCAAGUCCAACCUGUAAGUCGAGACCGAAAGCUCCUGUCUCCUGUAGAGUGAGCUGCACGGUCUCCACUGGGACGUGGCCAAGGAAGAUGGAAACCUGAAGAAAACCGCAUCGGGCUCUUGCAUGCAGACCUUGUGUGGGUGUGGGUGUGGGUGUGAGCCUGAAUGCACACCCACGCACACAUGUGCACUCAUGUCAGGUUGAAGCGCGGAGCCCUGGCAGGCAGGCCUUCUGGGAAAGGCAGGUGGCCGGGGCCGGUCAGAGCGAGGAGGGGGCCCGACACUCCCCAACAAGAGCUGGGCCAUCCCGGCUGGGGGGCUCCCCCCAGGAGAACCUGGCUCUGUGUUCUGAUUCGGGACUUAGCCUAUGGAAGUGGGACGAUGACAUCCCCGCAGAGGUGCUUCCAUCUCCCCAGAUGCAUGUGCUGGGGGACAAUGUUGUAUAUAUUUAUGGAUUUUUUCUUUCUCAGUCAUUUCGAGUGUUCCUAUUUAUACCCAUUUCUUAAUGCUUUUCUUGUUUAAACAACUGACCAGAUUUACAGAUUAUACCAAAAUUAGAGAACGACAGGUUAUACCCGAACCCUGCCAUCCUGUUGAAGAGCGUGGCACUGCCAUCACUCGCCAGCCAAGCCACCGCCUGUGUAACCUUAGGACGCUGUGUGUUGUGUGUGUUGUGUUUUUUUUCCUUUCUUGACGUUAGGCUGUCCCCAGAGCACCCACACAGAACACAGGCCUUUGGCUGAUGAGCAGACAGUGGACACCCCCGUUGGAAUCAGUGCUGCUGCUUUUCUCCUCUCCCGGGGGGCAGCUGCUUCCAGAAUGGGCACCCGGAUAUUUAUAGU